AUGCCCGAGCCGUCUCCCCGGCCCCGGCCGCGCCGCCCCGCCUCGGCCCCAGCCGCCUGCGCCGCCUCGGGCCAGGUCGUCGGCGACUGCAUUGUGGGGCCGCUCGUCGCCGCGGGGCCCAUCACCGUCUUCGCCGCCACCUUCGCCAACGUUGUCUACGAGCGCCUCCCGCUACCUGACGCCCCCGACACCGACGUCAAGCCCGACCUCUCCACCGCCACCUCAGCAGGGCAGGUGGUACAGCCGCCGAAGCUGUUGUUGGCCCUGCCCUCCCAGCACCAACCUCUGGCCAUGGGCGGUGCCAUGGCGUGGGGAACAGAGAGGGGAAAAGUCACGGAGCAGUAG